AUGGUACUUCAAAUAAAAUAUUCUGUCAUGUUGAGUGUAAAAAACAAAAUAUUAGAAUACAGUGAACCUUUCUGUCCAUGUGACGACAAAGAAGACUGGUAUAUCACCCCACUUCAAAACGUAACUUCACUAUAUGUUGAAAUCGAUCCAACCAAAACAAGUUUAAAUACAAAUUUAAAAUAUAGUGAUGUGUUUUCAUCAGAAAGUGUUUCAAUUGGAAGCACACAAAUAUCAUUUUACAAAAGUGACAAUGUAAUUCUGGGUAUUUCAACAUUAAAAACAGUCGAUAUUAAUCUAUUUACAUUGACAAAGAUUGUUCUUGUAGUUUCAGAGACAAUAUUGACUUAUAAAGAUGAACAAUUCAACGCAGCAAUAAACACAAAUGAUAAUUUUAAAAUACUUGUUUUAAGAUGCACAAAUGGUGUAUACAACAAAACGUCUAAAAUGUGCGAAGACCCAACCUUUUGUGAUGAUGUGAAUUGUAAGUAUUGUCCCUUUAAUAAAAUUAAUUGUUUAUCUUGCAAAAAUCAAUUUGCUGUUGUUAACUCAAAAUGUGAACAAAUUGCAAAUUGUGAAUAUUCUAUAUCAAAUACAUGCUUUAAAUGUUCAACUGGUUUUUUAUUAAAAGAUAAUUUAUGUGUAAGUAAUGCGACUUGUUUACUUGUACAAUUGGAUGGAAUGUGCCAAAUAUGCAACACAAACAAUGGGUAUAUUAACAACAAUGGCAAGUGUGUAAAAAGUGAUUUUAACAGUGAAGUGAUAACAAACAUUAACACAAUUUCAUGUAAUAUGGGUUUUGUAUUAAACACAACAAAUUGUUUGAAGUGUAAUGAAUUAUACACAAAUUCUGAACUGUGUGAAAAUGGAAAAAUAACAAAAUGUGACAAUUCAAGUCAAAUGAACACUAACGGAAAGUGUGAAAACAUUAUUUGUGUAAAUCCUAAUGACCAAAACGGCAAAUGCACAACAAUGAUUGAUAAUUGUAUGCUACAAUCAAAUGAAAAAUGUAAUGAAUGUAAAAGUGAACAUGUUUUAUCUAAUAAUACAUGUAACAAUAUCAAAGAACAAAAUUGUAUUGUACAUAACAGUUUAAGGUGUUUAACGUGUGCUGAAGUUUUUUAUUUUGAUGAGUCAACAAAACAAUGUGUAAAUUGUAAUUCAAGUUGUUUGACGUGUUUUGAAGAAUCAACAAAGUGUCUCAGUUGUCCACAAAACAUGUAUUUGUCAAAUUACAAUUGCAACACAAAUGAAGACUUGAAAUUUACAUGUAACCAAUUUGCGAGUUUUGGAAGUGGUUGUGUUGUAUGUAAAGACGGGUAUUACAGAGUUGGUUUUGAUUGUUAUGAAUGUGAUCCAAAGUGUGGCACAUGCAAUAACAAAUAUAGUUGUCUCACUUGCAAUUCAACUAAUUACAAAACAAAUGGCGGUGACUGUUUGCCACAACGUAAUAUCAUUGGGUGUGCAAUAAAAGUUACACAAAGUGGGUGUUCAAAGUGUAAAGAUGGGUAUUAUACAGUCAACACAAACGAGUAUCAAAGGUGUGAUGACAACUGCUAUUCAUGUACAUUAUCAAGCAACAAAUGCACUUCAUGUAUUAAUUCACGUGUGUUAAUUGCAAAUGGAAGUUGUGUUGGUUUUUCACAAAUAGCAAAAUGUCAAGAAAUAACAAAAUUGAAAUGUUCAAAAUGUUCAUUUUGGAACGUCCCAAGUGAAGAUGGCGCAUCGUGUAAGUCACAAGCUGUUUGGUGGGUCAUUCUAGUUGUAGUCAUGUUUGUUCUGAUUGUGUUAUUUGUUUUGAUUGUGACAAUUGUCAUUGUAACUAAGAUUAUUUUUAACAAAAUUCACAAACACGAAAUAGAGAAGACAACGACACUCUUUGCAAUGAACAAAUCCAACAUUAAAUUUGUUACUCUUCAAGGUGGUGUCAGUGUUUCUAUUGAUCUGAUCGACUUAAAUUCAGACAUUGAACAAAUUGAAGUUAACAAAGAGACUCGGCAGGUGUUAUGUGUUGGAAACACAAACAAAAACACCAUCAAAAUUCAAUUUACAAUAUCAUCUAACAUCACAAAGUUUACAAUUCGUGUUGACCCAGAAGUUGUCACACUUAAAAAUGGCUUUGCAUGUGAGUUUUCUGUAAAUAUCAAACCGUUGUGUUCUUGCAAAAUCAACAGCACAAUCCAAUUAAUUUCUAAAAAUUUCAAAACAAACGCAGAGAAAUACAAUAAAAUAUCACUUGUUGGUGUGACACAACAAUCAACAAGAAUUGAUUAUGAUGAAUUAAGUGAAGACAAGAAAAUUGGUGAAGGAUCUUUCGGAGUUGUGUACCAAGGAAGUUUUAGAGGAAAUAUCGUUGCAAUUAAAAAGAUGAAAACUAUUUUUAAUGAUACCAAGUCAAUGGUAGAAUUCAACAAUGAAGUUUCCAUGUUAGAUAAAUUCCGCAGUAAAUAUAUCGUUCACUUUUAUGGAGCUGUUUUUAUACCAAGCAAAGUGUGUAUGGUUACUGAAUUUGCACAAUACGGGUCGUUACAAGAUUUGAUGAAACACAAAACAAGUGAUGAAGUUGAUAUGAACCUGAGGAUAAAAAUUAUGACGGAUGCGGCAAAGGGAAUAUCAUAUUUGCAUGAAAAUGGGAUACUGCACAGAGACAUCAAACCAGACAACAUUCUUGUGUUAUCACUCGAUUCAAAUGAAAACGUGAAUGCAAAAUUGACUGACUUUGGGUCAAGUAGAAAUAUCAAUUUGUUAAUGACAAAUAUGACAUUCACAAAAGGUGUUGGAACACCAAAGUAUAUGGCGCCCGAAAUCUUGAACAAAGAGAAAUACAAGAAACCAGCUGAUGUCUAUUCGUUUGGUGUUUCUUUGUUUGAAUGUGUGACAUGGAAAGAACCAUAUCCCAAAAUACGAUUUAAGUUUGCAUGGGACAUUGUCGACUUUGUUGCAAGUGGAAAACGCCUGAAAAAAAUAUUUCAUAUGAAAAAAGACAUAUACGACAUCGUGAACGAUAUGUGGUGUCAAGAUGUCUACAAAAGACUCGGAAUCAAUGAUGUUGUCACUAAACUUGAAAGCAUUAAUUAUUAA